AUGGCAGCGAGGAAGCAAGUCGAGGAGACGGCGGCCGUGGACCUGGGCGCCCUGCUGGACGCAGGUGACGGCGCCGUGGUCACCCUGGUGGCGGGGGAGACGCGGCUGGCUGCCCACAGGGCAGUCCUGGAGAGCAGGAGCCCGGUGUUCAAGUCAAUGUUCGGCAACGGUGUGUCAGAAGUGAACGUGGAGAACGUGGAGGGCCCGGUGCUGCGGCAGCUGCUCUCCUACGCGUACACCCUGCAGGCCCCGCAGCAGCUGCCCGACAUGGCCCCCCAGCUGCUGGCGGCCGCCCACACCUACAGGUUGCCAGAGCUGAAGGACGCGUGCGAGCAGCGAGCGGUAGCGGAUCUGGCGCUGGAGAACGCGGCGGCUCUGGGCGUGCUCGCACUGAGGCACUCCUGCCCCCGGCUCCUGCAGGCUGCCGUUGCGCUUAUGAAGGACGACACCCGGAAGGUGAUGAUGACGCAGAGCUGGAAAGAGACGAAGACCCGGUACCCGCAUGCCCUGGUGGACUUAAUGGCCUUGAUCGUAGAGCCACCAGCAGAAGACAGCUCGCCGGCAGCCACAGGGGGCGGGCCCUCCCCUGCCACUCCCCGUCAGCCACGCAGCGACCAGUCCCAGACUCCCGCCGCAGCUGCGCCGCCCGAGCCCGCCCAACACACUCCCCCGCCACCUGAUGACGCAGCCGUCUCUCGCUUGCGGGGCGGGGGCGGGGGGACCGCCCUGCACUGGGCUGCACGGAGAGGCCACGCGGCUGUGGUGCGGCUGCUGCUCUCUGCGGCGUCCGACCCCAACGCCAGGGAUCAGUGGGGGCAGACGCCGCUGCACUGGGCGGCAAGCUUUGGCCACGCAGAAGCGGCGGCUGCGUUGCUGCAGGCCGGAGCCGACAGGGGGGUGAGGACUGAUAGUGGGAGGACCGCCCUGGACUUCGCCAGGCGGUACAACCAUCAGGAGAUCGUCAGGAUGCUAACACAGAGUUAA